AUGGCUCACAGAUUACUGGUGCAAGUGGUGUUUACGGGCGCGCGGGUGUUCGGACGUGCGUUCACAGAGGCUUACCGGCAGGCUGCUGCCGCCACGACGGCUCAACAAACAACAAACGGGGCUCAACAGCCAGCUAGCUCAAGAGAUACAGACAUCUCUCUGGACGAGGCAUGCAAGAUCCUGGACGUCCAGCCAAGCGGACUGAGUCUGGAGUCGGUGAAGGGCAAGUACGACUACUUGUUCGACGUGAACUCGAAGGAAAAGGGAGGCUCGUUCUACGUCCAGUCAAAGGUCUUCCGUGCCAUGGAAAGAAUCAAAAACGAACUAGACCAUCUGGAAGAGACCCAGCGAGCGCAAAAAUGA